AGAAAAAAACAGGGGAAGAAAGAGAGCGAGGGACUCUACCAACCCACUCCUUCAGAAAACUGACCUUCCCAAUCACACACAGACCAACAGAGAAAGAACAACUCUUUCUCUCUCUCUCCCCCCUCUCUUUGCUCUCAUCAUAUCAAUUAAACAAAACCAAGUACAAGAAUUAAAGAGGCCCUCUAUCUCUGUUGGUCUUAUCUCCACCUAGGUUUCUUACCCAUUUUCCCCUCCAAGAUUCUCAUAUAUUAGUCUUGUGUAGGUGUUAUCAUCUUGGAUACCUGGCUCUUAACCUGGAAGUUUUGGUGGGUUUGUGCUUGGAAUUUACAUUUGUUGAAGUGGUGUUUCUGAUCCAAGUGUGCGGUGGUGUGUGUCAUGCGAUUGUGCUUAUUUUAAGUAAUAUCUCCUUCAUGGCCUUUGAAGCUUCUAAUGGAAGAGGGCUUCAGCCCUGUUUAUUCAAUGUGGAUGAUAUCGAGUUAAAUACAAAUUGGGAAGAUGUGACUUGUCCUAUAUGUUUGGAUUUCCCUCACAAUAGCGUACUCCUACAGUGCACAUCGCACAAUAAUGGAUGCCGUCCUUUUGUCUGUGACACAAAUCACUUGCACUCAAAUUGUUUGGACCGUUUCAAAAAUGCAAAUGGUAUGUCAUCUCCUUCAAAAUCUGAUGCUAGUCUGACAAGUGACACUGAGCCAGUGGCAUCUGAAGACAACUGCAAGCCAACUUGCCCGUUGUGUAGGGGUGAAGUGACUGGGUGGGUUGUUGUUGAUAAGGCUCGUGUUCAUCUCGAUGUGAAGAAGCGUUGUUGCGAGGAGCAACGGUGCACAUUUAUGGGUACAUACUUGGAAUUGCAAAAACAUGCUGAACUGGAGCACCCUCAUUCUCAACCAUCAAAAAUUGAUCCUGCUCGGCAGCUUGAUUGGGAAAAUUUCCAACAGUCUUCGGAGAUCAUAGAUGUAUUGAGCACUAUACAUUCGGAAGUCCCUCGGGGGGUUGUUUUAGGAGAUUAUGUGAUUGAAUAUGGUGAUGAUGAGACUGGGGAUGAGUUUGAGGACUUCCCUGGUGACGAACGUAACUGGUGGACCUCCUGUAUAUUGUAUCAGGUAUUUGAUAACUUGAGGAAUUCCAGAAAUAGAAGAAGGUCAAGAGUUGGUGACACUAGAAGAGGAGGCCGCCGAGCAAGCUAUGAUGCAAAUUCUGAUGACGGUUCUGUGACAUCUGUUGAUUUCACAGACUACAGGGCAGAUGAGAUUGAUGAUGAGUUUAUGAGUUCAAGUGGCUCCUCCAGAGGUGGCUCAAGUCAUCGCAGUUCCCGUAGACGACGCUCUCGCUUCUAUGACAGUUAGAUCUGGUAUUAUAUCUUCUGGCAGUGCUAAUAGAAUAGAAAGGAAGGGAAAGACAGAAAGAGAUCCAUUUGAAGUCGAGAAGUGGAAAGCACCGAGAUGCUUGCUGUGGAUCUCUUCAGUGUUUAAAGAUGCGUCUAGAUACAGUGUUAGCUUUUUAAAUCUGUAAUUAGAUGUACUGAUUGGACAUUACAUGACAAAUCCAUUGGCUGCAUGGGUCCAUUUGUUAGAACUAUAAUCUUCUUGCAUUCAGUGGUCUAAAGGACUAGUGUAAUAUAUAUACAGCUAUGGAAGGUAUGAUGUUUCCUUUGUUAA